UUGCCUUUGAAUUCUCAAUCAAUUGCUUAGGUAUUCAGUUAUUAGUAAAAUUAGUUACAUUUUUAAAUUUUCACUUGAACUCAAGGAGAAACCUUUCCUUAAACCCUACCACAUACGAGGCCCUUGCUGAUCCACCUUCAUUACCUAGAUGGUUUUUUCAACGGAAACAGGAUCAUGACAUUGCCAUCGUCAAGUCCGGACAGUCCACGUACAAUUCCAUUUCCUGAUACAGAGUCCGCGGAGUACCGUGAGAAUAUGGCCGAUUUGAACCGUGCCCUGCUGGAGUUCGUGAAAGAGAGCCUGGACAAGAGUCCCCACUGCGAGCUGACUCCGGUAUUCCGUAAAUAUGACGAGCACCUAAUAGCUGUGAUUGCAGCUGCAGCUGGCGCCGGGGGAGAUGCCAAGUCCUCGACUAGCUUCCCAUUCGCCCCGGGAUCCACUCGCUUCUCCUUUGACAACACAGAAGAGCAGGAUAAAGUGGUCCACGACCAGCCACCGAAGCCUGCGGACGAGGAGGCUGUAUACUCGAAACGCUGCCAGGUGUUUGUAAUGAAGGACGCAGAGUACGCCGAUCGCGGCGUGGGCAUCUUGCACUUGAAGCCCGUGAAGGACUACGCGAAGGCGCAGCUGAUUGUUCGGGCCGAAAGCAAUAUUGGCCAGGUGCUGAUCAAUCUUAUAGUCGGCCAGGGCCACAGCCUGCCCUGCCAGCGUAUGAGCUCAAAAACUCUAAUGAUCACGGGCCUGCCCAUGCCGGAGGACAGCAACGUGGCGCCGAUUCUACUGCUCGUCAAUUCCGCCGAGGAGGCCGAUGAGUUAAUGGUGAAAAUCGAGUAUUACACCAAGUGAAGACCGAAUUCCCAAUAAAUCGUGCACUUUAUUUCAUA